AUGGAUGAGUUUGACUUUGACUUUGAUCCUGUACAGGAUGUCCCAGUUGCUGCUGGAACAACAACCAACUCAAAUGAUCAAUACACACAAGAUAGACUAAACUUGAGAAGAUACUAUGAGAGUAAAUUCCCAUGGGAUCUAUUGUUUGAUUGGCUGUCGGUCAAUUGCAAUGAGGGCGCAGAUCAGGACGCUCAUGCAGCAUACUUCUCAAAGAGAGAGUUCUCAGUGUCAUUGUCACGACCAUUGAAGGACUUGGUGCUACGUCACUGCUCAUACACAAAUCCACAGGACCUCGCCGCCAUGGUCAUGGGCAAGGAACAAUCAGGCAGGAGCUCUUCCACAUUGCAAGUGUUUGACAAGUUGGACAUUGGCGCCGUGUACAAUCAUGAGCCCAAGAAGAAGGGCCUCUACAACGACUACCAUCCAUUGGAGCGAGAGCUUGUCUUUGAUAUAGAUAUCAACGACUAUGAUGACGUGCGUGUCUGCUGCGCCGGCCAGACCCUGUGUACAAAGUGCUGGGGUCUGCUGUCGUUGGCCGCUCACUACCUCACCGAGAUGCUGGACCAAUGCUUUGGCUUCACCAAGCUGCUAUACGUGUUCAGUGGUGGACGUGGUCUGCACAUCUGGGUCAGUGACAAAGAGGCCAUGAUACUCUCACAAGAGAUGAGAAGGUCAAUCGUCUCACUCCUCACCAUAUCACCAGGUGAUGGUCAUCCAGCUAUACAGAAAUGCUACAAGGAGUUGUUCCUGCCAUACUUUGAGAAACAUAUGAUUGAUGAACAGUUGAUCCUUUGCGAUGAGGGUCAGGUGAAGAAGUUCUUGGAACAAUUCCCAACGGAUCUCUUUACAAAGAAGAGAAAGAGGGCUGAUAUCCGUGCAGAUGUACAGAGAGUGUUGGAUGCCAAUGAUAACUGUUCAGAUGGUGACAAGUGGAACGCAAUCAAACAGUCACUGGCCACCAGAGAUGACAUUGACUACGAAGACAUCAUCUUUGAUGUUGUCAUGCACUACACCCAGCCACGUCUAGAUGCCGCCGUCACUGUUGGCUUUAACCAUUUGUUAAAGUCACCAUUCUGUAUACAUCCAAGAACAAAGAGACUAUGUGUACCAAUAGAGUAUAGUGAUAUUGAUAACUUUGAUGCUGAUUUGGUACCAACACUGCCAAUGAUUCUCAAUGAGGAUGAUCAAUCAACAGAUGCAACAACAGAUGACAACACAACUACUACUUCCAAUGUCAAGACGAAGCGAUCAAACAAGAAGCAAGAUCAUAGCUUUGCCAGAUACAAGAGGCAGUUCAGUCUCUAUGUCAACUCUCUGAAAACUGAAUCCAACGCAGCAAUGGACACUGACCAAUUCUAG